AUGGCCGGUAUCAGACUCCCUCCGGAGGACUCCGACGCCUCCCAAGCUCGACAUCCGGUGGCCUCCGAUCUGAUUUCCGACGACGACCGCUCCGUUGCGGCGGACUCUUGGUCGAUUAAAAGCGACUAUGGCAGCACCCUUGAUGACGAGCAGCGUCACGCUGACGCCUCCGAAGCUCUUUCCGCUGUCAAUUUCCGUGCGGCAUCAGACUACAGCUCGGAUAAGGAGGAGCCAGAUGCCGAAGCAGAGCAGUCAAUGUUGGGCUUUCAGAGUUAUUGGGAUUCGCAGUAUGCUGAUGAAUUGGCAAAUUUCCGUGAGCAUGGCCAUGCUGGUGAAGUUUGGUUUGGAGCCGAUGUUAUGGAAAUUGUAGCUUCGUGGACAAAAGGCUUAUGCAGUGAAUUUUCUCAGGGUCAAUUGUCAAACCAUGUGGAAAAUGCCAUUACUGAAUCUGCUGGUCAGCAAAAGGAAUUUUCUAAUUGGUCCGUGCUUGACAUUGGGACUGGCAAUGGAUUGCUUCUGCAAGAGCUUGCUAAACAAGGGUUCUCUGAUCUCACUGGAACUGAUUACAGUGAAGGAGCCAUAGACCUUGCUCGAAGCCUUGUUGCUCGUGAGGGUCUCACCUAUAUCAAAUUCAUGGUUGAUGACAUUCUUGAAACCAAAAUAGAGCAGAGGUUUCAGCUUGUUUUGGAUAAAGGAACUUUAGAUGCUAUUGGUCUACAUCCUGAUGGUACUGUUAAAAGGGCUAUGUACUGGGAUUCGGUUUCAAAGCUUGUAGCUCCUGGUGGAUUGUUGGUGAUUACAUCUUGUAACAGUACAAAAGAUGAACUGAUGGAAGAAGUUGACGCAUAUAAUCAAAGGAGGAAUUCUCCUUCCCAAGGUAAUGAAGCUGGUGGAGAGCAAGAACCAAGCAGGUUGACGCCCCUCUUCCGUUACGUUGAUCAUGUUCGCACCUACCCGACAUUCAUGUUUGGAGGAUCGGUAGGAACUCGUGUUGCUACGGUUGCAUUUCAAAGGAUUGUCGAAACAUCAUGA